AUUCAUUAGAAGAUGUUGCACAAGGAAAACAUAGUUCCAUGUUUUGUGUGCGGCAAACAAUGCCAGAUUUAAGAUCGGAGCAAACAUCUUCUGAAACAUUUCCUGACAAGCAAGCACACAGCGAGGGAAAACCUGCAGAUGGUGAUAUUCAGAGGACUUUAGAAGACGACACCAGUGGUUCUCCUGAUGCAGUUAUGAUGCAAAGUAAGGAGAUCAGUUCAACAAAAAGGGACUUUAGUCUAAGAUUUCAUUGUAAAGAGAAGAACCGCCAACACUAUGAGAGUUCUGAGAAGCAAGAUAUUUGUCUGGAAAGUAACGUGACAGAUAUUCAGCCUUUGCUAUGUUCGUCACCUGUAAAAAAAGAAAGUGUAAAAGAUGGAAAUUUCACCAGGGACUCGAAGAUUGUCCAAUCAUCGCUUACCAAAUAUGUUACGUUGAAUAAGAGAAAGCAUGAGAGUAUUAGUUCACCUCUGACUGAAGUUCCUGUGCUGAGAAAUGGAUCUAUAUGUUGCCAAUCAACUGACACAAAACGUAGCUCAUUCUCAACUCCUGCCGAAAAAUAUAAUAUGGUUGAUGUUCGCGGUGAAGAUAACCAAAAUAAGUCUGGAUCUUUAACCUUAUCUAAAUUGGGUAAAAUUGUUAAUCAUAUGACGAAUGGGAUACCCAGCACAGACAAGAUUCACCAAGGAGAGAUCAUAAAGGUUCCCCUUGACUCAAAGAUUGGUCCUACCAUGCAAUUUAGUCUUAAAGACUUGAUGGAAAGAAGGAAAUGGAGGCUUGCAAGAUUACGAACCAGCACCCUUUCCUCUAGGAGCAUUGAACCGAAAAGGGGAUACGCUGCAGCAUCAUUGGACCUCUCUCAACCACUUAAUGAAGAGGGAAAAACAAAAGCCUUGGCUGCUGCGGCUACUGAGUUGGAAAGGAUGUUCAGGAAAGAAAACUUUGCUCAAAUGAAGGUCAUUGGACAAUUCAAUCUUGGGUUUAUUAUUGGCAAGCUAGAUCAAGACCUUUUUAUUGUGGAUCAGCAUGCUGCAGAUGAAAAGUAUAACUAUGAACGCUUGUCGGAGUCAACAGUUUUAAAUCAGCAACCUUUGCUCCGGCCAUUGAAGAUGGAUUUAUCUCCUGAAGAGGAAAUAAUUGUUUCCAUGAACAUGGACACCAUAAGGAGAAAUGGUUUUACAUUGGAAGAAGAUCUAUACGCUCCUCCUGGACUUCGAUUCUAUCUAAAGGCAGUUCCUUUCAGUCAAAACAUAACUUUCGGAGUAGCAGAUGCAAAGGAGCUGAUUUCUAUCCUUGCAGAUGAUGGUAGUAAUGCUCAACGUAGUUAUAGGACCGAUGCAUGUGAUUCGGUGUGCCCACCUAGAGUGCGUGCAAUGUUGGCUUCCCGCGCUUGCAGAACAUCCGUUAUGGUUGGAGAUCCACUAGACAGAAAUGAGAUGCAUAAGAUACUUGAGCAUUUGGCACGCUUGAAAUCGCCUUGGAACUGCCCGCAUGGGAGACCGACCAUGCGUCACUUGAUCGACUUGAACACCGUACGUAAAACAGUAGAAGACCCUGACGCAACCCUCUGAACUUACCCCAACCAUUGUGUGUUUUCUCGAUUGGAGGAAAAAGCGAAGAAGGGUUGCUUGGAAAAUAAAAUAAAAAAAACCAGCAAAAAAGAAACCCACCGGCGCAGCAAUGGCAGCCGUGGCCCGCGCCCCACGGAAGCCGCAGCCCCAAGUCCUGCAAUGGUUCCCGCCACACGCCCCGUCCCUCCUAGCGGAGCCGCAAGAAUAGAUUCCCCCCAUUGUAAGUGCUCUCAAUUCCUAUAAAAUACUCCAUAAAAAAUAGAGUGAAAUUUA